GAGAGACCUUCCUGCCCUACUACACAGGGCUGGCCAUCGACGGCAUCGUGGUGCAGAAGAGCAUGGACCGCUUCUCCACGGCGGUGCUGGUCAUGUCGCUGCUCGCCAUAGGAAGCUCAUUUGCCGCAGGUAUCCGGGGCGGCGUUUUUACGCUCAUCUUCGCCAGGCUGAACAUUCGCCUUCGCAACUGCCUCUUCAGGUCCCUGGUGUCUCAGGAGAUGAGUUUCUUUGAUGAGAAUCGCACAGGGGACGUCAUCUCGCGCCUGACGUCAGACACGACCAUCGUGAGCGACCUGGUCUCCCAGAACAUCAACAUCUUCCUGCGCAACGUGGUGAAAGCCACGGGGGUCAUCUUCUUCAUGUUCAGCCUCUCCUGGAAGCUCUCGCUCGUCACCUUCAUGGGCUUCCCCAUCAUCAUGCUGGUGUCCGAUGUCUAUGGGAAGUACUACAAGAAGCUCUCCAAGGACGUGCAGAACGCCCUGGCCAAGGCCAACAACACCGCCGAGGAGACCAUCUCCGCCAUGAGGACCGUCCGCAGCUUCGCCAACGAGGAGGCGGAGGCCAACGUGUACUGGCAGAAGCUGCAGCAGGUUUACAAGCUCAACAAGAGGGAGGCCUUGGCUUACACCUACUAUGUCUGGUCCAGCGGGCUGACCCUCCUGGUGGUCCAAGUCAGCAUCCUUUACUAUGGUGGACACCUCGUGAUCUCAGGGCAAAUGACAAGUGGAAACCUGAUAUCCUUCAUCAUUUAUGAGUUCGUCUUAGGAGACUGCAUGGAGUCCGUGGGGUCUGUGUACAGCGGCCUGAUGCAGGGCGUGGGAGCUGCCGAGAAGGUGUUUGAGUUCAUCGACCGCGAGCCCACGAUGGUGAACGAGGGGUCCCUGGCCCCAGACCACCUGGAUGGGAAGGUGGAGUUCAGGAACGUGACCUUUUCCUACCGCACCCGCUCUGCAACUCAGGUCCUCCAGAACGUGUCCUUCACCCUGCACCCCGGCAAAGUGACGGCGCUGGUGGGUCCUUCAGGGAGUGGGAAGAGCUCCUGUGUCAACAUCCUGGAGAACUUCUACCCUCUGCAAGACGGGCAGGUGCUGCUGGACGGGCACCCCAUUAACAUGUACGAUCACAAGUACCUGCACUCAGUGAUCUCCCUGGUGAGCCAAGAGCCAGUGCUGUUCGCCCGCUCUAUUGCAGAUAAUAUUUCUUAUGGCUUGACCUCAGCCUCCUUCGAGUCAGUUGUUCAGGCUGCCCAGAAGGCCAACGCACACACCUUCAUCACGGAGCUGCAAGACGGCUACCACACAGAGGCAGGUGAGAAAGGAGCCCAGCUGUCAGGUGGCCAGAAGCAGAGAGUGGCAAUUGCCAGGGCCUUGAUCCGAGCCCCCCCGAUCCUAAUCCUGGAUGAAGCCACGAGCGCUCUGGACGCAGAGAGCGAACAUGCGAUUCAGCAGGCGAUUUACGGCGACUUGCAGAGCCACACGGUGCUUGUCAUAGCUCACAGGCUGAGCACUGUGGAGAAGGCACACAACAUCAUUGUGCUGGACAAGGGCCGCGUGGUGCAGCAGGGCUCGCACAAGGAGCUGAUGGAAGAAGGAGGCCUUUAUUCCAAGCUGGUGCAGAGACAGAUCCUGGGGCUGGAGGGAAGCGCCGCGGACGGCCGCCAACCCGCAGCCCGGGGA